GGUGGAGCUGAUGAAGUGGAUGAUGUGUGAAAGCGAGGGGCUGGCUUUGGGGAUAACUAGUUACACAUUCCCCCUCCUCUACAGCAAUGAAUGAGUUAUGAGAUGAGAGGAGAUCAGAACGAUUUACUCUCUUCAACCACAUAGAUGAACAGGACAGAGAUGCCUCACGACUAAAAUCUGGAUUCAAUGCUUCUAGUUUGCAUCUUCUUAAAUUAACUCAUCAAUGGAUCUUCUAAGGACUCAUAAAAUUCUGAUUGUUUGGCUUUUAGGACACUGAGGUACAUGUUACUGAGGUAACGGCACGCUCAUCCCAUUUCCUCUUCUGCACAGGUCCAAAAGUUUGCAAAGACUUUUUUCACCACUGUGGGACCAUUAGCACUACAGGUGUCAAUCCCAAGUAGUACGAAUGGAAGGACGAUAACAAACAAAUCUAGUGGAUACUUCCUUCCCUGUCAUAAUAAGAAGGUUUCAGGAAUUAGGAUUCUGUUUUGGGAAUUAACAAAAAAAGGAAAGAAAAAAAAACAGAAAAAAAUGCCUUUUAAUUUUACAGGUUUAAAAAAGCAGGUGGUAAAUCCUGGGAAGGAGGAGGUGAAGAACACCGUGGGAGACUCUUUAGGAAAGCUGCAGAGGAAAAUAGAUGGUAGUAAUGUAGAGGAAGAGGAGAAUUUGGAACUGACGGAGGAUGGCCGGCCCGUGGCGUCAGCAGUCCUUCCUGCCCCUUUGCUAGACUGCAGCUGUGGGGGUUUGCCAAAGCGUUACAUUAUCGCUAUCCUGAGCGGUCUGGGAUUCUGCAUCUCCUUUGGCAUCCGAUGCAACCUGGGUGUGGCUAUUGUUGAGAUGGUGAACAACAACACCGUCUAUAUCAAUGGGACCCCAGUGAUUCAGAAAGCUCAGUUUAACUGGGACCCAGAGACUGUGGGAUUGAUCCAUGGAUCCUUUUUCUGGGGCUAUAUCGUCACUCAGAUUCCAGGCGGAUUCAUUUCCAACAAGCUUUCUGCCAACAGGGUAUUUGGGGCUGCCAUUUUUCUCACAUCACUGCUGAACAUGUUCAUCCCAUCAGCUGCGAGGGUGCAUUAUGGCUGUGUCCUGUUUGUACGCAUCUUACAGGGGUUAGUAGAGGGGGUCACCUACCCAGCAUGUCACGGGAUGUGGUCCAAGUGGGCGCCACCUCUUGAACGUAGUCGACUGGCGACCACAUCAUUCUGCGGAUCCUACGCUGGAGCAGUGAUCGCUAUGCCUUUAGCAGGAGUCCUGGUUCAGUACGUCGGCUGGCCAUCAGUCUUCUAUAUCUACGGGGUAUUUGGGAUCCUGUGGUAUAUCCUAUGGCUCCUGCUGGCCUAUGGGAGUCCUGCUCAACAUCCCACAAUCACAGAGGAAGAGAGACUGUACAUCGAGUCUGCAAUCGGGGAAACAGUCAACCAGCUGAGUGUUACAGAGAAAUUCAAGACUCCAUGGCGUCGUUUUUUUACCUCCAUGCCGGUCUAUGCUAUCAUUGUGGCAAACUUCUGCCGCAGCUGGACCUUCUACCUGCUCCUUAUCAGCCAGCCGGCGUACUUUGAGGAAGUGUUUGGCUUCCCCAUCAGCAAGGUGGGGAUCCUGUCUGCUGUCCCCCACAUGGUGAUGACGAUUAUCGUCCCGAUCGGUGGACAGCUUGCAGAUUUCCUACGGAGUAAAAAAAUUAUGUCAACAACAAAUGUGAGGAAACUCAUGAACUGUGGAGGGUUUGGAAUGGAGGCCACUCUUCUGUUAGUGGUCGGUUUUUCUCACACUCGAGGAGUCGCCAUUUCCUUCCUUGUGUUGGCGGUGGGCUUCAGUGGAUUUGCCAUUUCAGGUUUUAAUGUCAAUCAUUUGGAUAUUGCUCCUCGCUAUGCCAGUAUUCUGAUGGGUAUUUCCAAUGGAGUCGGGACGUUAUCUGGCAUGGUGUGCCCCCUAAUCGUAGGAGCCUUGACUAAACACAAGACUCGCUUGGAGUGGCAGAAUGUCUUUGUCAUCGCUGCCAUGGUGCAUUACACAGGAGUCAUCUUCUAUGCUAUCUUUGCAUCAGGGGAGCAGCAGGACUGGGCCAACCCUGAGAGCCUGAGCGAGGAUAAAUGUGGCAUCAUCGAUGAGGACGAGCUGGCUGAGGAGUCAGAGUUAACCAAUGACUGUGCCUUGGCUUCCAAAAAGAGCUACGGGACAACGGACAAUUCGUAUGGUCAGAAGCAGGGCUGGAAAAAGCAGAGAGGGGUAACGAUGAAGGGCGAGGAAGAACACUUUAGUAAUGGAGAUUACCAGGAUGGAUACCAGUGAGACAACACAUUGAUUGAAUUUAAAGGAUUCCCAGAACACUUUGAUAAACUCAGAUUUUACUUUCUGGAUACAACAGAAGCUGCAGCAUCAUCAGCAUCUCAAGGAAACCCUUUUCAGCUUUGUCCGAAGAAUCUAGAAUAUUGUGCAAAAGUUUCAAACCAUCUUUAAUUCUGCAUAUUUUGUUUCCAGGGAGCCAGGUGUUCUUGUAAUUUUCUAUUCUGCCCAAACUCAACACACGUAAUAAAUACUCCUAUGAGCAGUUAUACUUCAUACAGAAGCUCAUAAACUGCUCCUAACAUGCAUGUUUAACAUGUUACAUGCGCAGAUAGAGUCCCACAGGAUCCCAAUAUAUCACAUUACAUGAGUGCUUGUUCCUUGUCUAUGCAUGUGUGGUUUAAUUUCCUCGCACGCCCAGCCUCUCUCCUUCUCACGUGUGGACCUGUUUCUCUUCACUCAUGUCAACUUCUGACAUGCUUUGAACUUUGAACGACUUUGAAGGCAUUACACUGCAAUAUAAGUCAAUUUAAAUAAGUAAUUUUUUCUUAUAAUAAGUGCAUUUUUUCUUGAAUUGAGGAGGUAAUUGAGGCAGUUUGCCAAUGGAACAAGACAAUUUACAUUUAAAAUAGUAAAAAAUAUUAUAUUUGGCUACUUUUCAUGAAAUCCCACACCUUGAAUUGUGAUGGAACUUUUUUUUCUAGAUGUCUUAUAACCCUUUUUAAUGGACACCCUUCAGCCAGUCAGUAUCCAGUAUUUAAACCGACCAUGUUAUAUAUAAUAAAGACUUUGCUUACCAACUUCUAACUCUUGAAGAGAAGCAGUCAGACUGAAGUAGCUUUACUAGUAGGAAGAAAAAUACAACUUCAAAAGUAGCCAAUCAGAGCCGGGUUGCUUUUACCGGUGAGUAAUGCGUUCAAAGUGAGAAAAGUUGACAGGAAACAGGUCUACACACCAGGAUGAGGGAGGCUGUCCUCAUGUGAAUAUCAAACCACACCUGUACAGAGGCUGCAUGUGUGUGAAAAUCACAGCACACGCGCACAGAGAAGGAUUUACCCUUCUCUGUGGAACCUG